CCGACCACGGCGUCGCGUCAUGCACCCGCCGCCACCGACGCGGCACACGGCGGUGCCCUGGGAGCUUUUUCUCGUUGAAAUCUCAGAGCGGGCUGCGUCAGCCAGCCGGAGCCGGACUCGCACAAAGGACGAAAGCUCCACUCCUCCCGUCUUCCGGCAGCGAUCUUGGCCUGGGAUGCACCACCACUAGCCCCGAAGAACGACAAGCUAUAUCAUGCGCCCGCGGGUGGAAGAUCCGGCCUCCCUUCUCUGAGACGCAGCCCAGCCCUGUCCCAAGGGGUGCUUUAAUGCUCCAGUCGUACCUAAUUCAGAAGGUCAGAAUAUCUUGGCACCCAUCCUUCCAAUCGGUCACAUAGCUUCAAGGGCAUUCGCUUUCGCAGUUGCCGUGACUGGAAAAGAACAAAGGAAGUUUGAACCUGAUCUUCUGAGGAUUGUUGCUGCUUCUCCGUGAGGGAUCAUUAAUUUCCUUCAGGAUCAACUGCUGGCGGCCGCUGCAGGAGGAGGCACAGCGAAGGGAAGGGAGGUGGCGGUGGGGCUCCUCAUUACGGCCUUUUCCCUAGCAGCACAGCCCACUCCAGCAGGGGAAAGCAAAGGAGCGGCACGCCAUCGCCAUGGCAGAGGAGAAGAAGAAGCACAAGCACAGCAAGCACAAGGAGAAGGACAAGGAGAAGAAGGACAAGGCCGGCGGCGCGGCGGCGGCGACGGCGGAGGCGAGCUUCAAGCCGUGCGGCGACGUGAAGGGCAUCCGCUUCGGCGGGCAGUUCAUCGUCAAGUCGUUCACGGUGCGGCGGGCGUCGCCGCUGGAGCUGCUCCGGCUGCUGGACAUCCCGCCGUCGUUCCUGAGCGAGCUGCAGAGCCUGCCGUUCCCGUCCACCACCGCCUACAUGCCCACCAGCUUCACCAUCCUGGCGCACCAGGCGUGGCACACGCUCACGCUCGGCCUCGGCACCAAGAAGUCCAAGGUGGUGCUCUUCGUGUUCGAGUCGGAGGCCAUGAAGGCGGCCGUGGACCAGCUGUGGCCGGCCAUGAUCCCGCUCGGGGACGUGAACAAGAAGCUCAUCCGCGGGCUCACCGGCAGCGAGAUGGCGCGCUUCAAGUUCAGGAAGGGGUGCCUCACCAUCUACGUCUACGCCGUGCGCCGGCUGGGCGCCGCCGGCUUCGUGCGCGCCGACGACCUCAGGAGGAUACUGCAGGCCGUGGUGGAGCUCAAGGACUUCUUGGACCACACCGCCAUGCUCGCCAUGCCCAGCCAGAGGAGCAUCACCUUGCAGUCCCGGGGCACCGCGGCCCAAUGAUCCUGCUCCCGGUCGACAGCCUCUUGCCCGAUCCAUUUCUGCAGCGCAGGUACUGUUAUUAUUGGCUCGCAAUUCGCAAAGAGAUGUCUGAUUCUUUUGGGUUGGAUUAGUUUGUUCGUUCACUGUCGGUGUUCCCCUCCCCUGCCGGGAGCUGUAUAGAUCUAUAUAUGUCGAGCAAAAUCUUUGAAACAGAUUAAGCAUAGGGAUUUUCCCAAAGGAAAGGAUCUUACUCCACUUUUAGUA